CGCGACAAAGCUUUCAAAUCCAACAAUCCCAAAAAAAAAGUUACACCAAUCAAUAAAAUAUUCCAAACGCUCCCUUAAAUACAAACUCAUUUACGCGUUAUCUUUCCUUCUUCCCAUUUACUUAUUAUUAUUAUUCUCCAUCCAUACCAAAAACCCUACUUACCUUUCUCUCACCGCGCAUAAUUCAUUUCCGUAUCAUCUAUGGAUAAAAAGGAUAAGGUAGUUGAUGAUCCAUUAACAGGCUGGUCACUCGAUAACAGUAUAUUGAGUGAAUUCGGUUGGAAUUUUCAGGGUGGGGGUAGUGGUGGAGCAACUGGUAAUUUUGAUCAGAUCGAUCAGGAUUUGGUGAGAAAUAGUAGUACUAAUACUCCGUCUAUUCCUGAGAAUAUUACUUCUACUACUGCUUCUGCUUCUGUUACUGAAAUAACGGCGGCAGUGAAAAUCACCGAUGAAGCUGCUUCUUCCAGCUGUUCUGAUGAUCCACCGGAGAAAUCCACCGCUUCCGUUGGAUCCUCCGUGGCCUCCCUACCGCCGUCCGAUACAGCAAGCAAGGUUAAAAAGAAGGGUCAGAAACGAAUCAGGCAGCCCCGCGUUGCAUUUAUGACCAAAAGUGAAGUUGUUGAUCAUCUUGAAGAUGGCUAUAGAUGGAGGAAGUAUGGCCAAAAAGCUGUUAAAAAUAGUCCACAUCCAAGGAGCUACUAUCGAUGUACAAAUACAAAGUGCACAGUGAAGAAAAGAGUGGAGAGAUCCUCUGAAGAUUCCAAAAUUGUAAUCACAACAUAUGAAGGAAAACACUGUCACGAUACUGGUGGAUUCCCUAGAGGUGGACUUAUUAAUCAUGAAGCUGCAUUUACAUCUCAAUUAGCACCCUUAGCCUCACAAUUCUACCAUCCGCCCGGUGUUCAAUAUCCUCAUCAAGAAUUAGUUCCUAUGAAUGCUGCACCAGGAUCGCGUACAAUGCCAGGUGAAACCGGAGAUCAAGAUCGUAAAUUGCCAGAGGCAAGUCAACCAGCUGCCAUACAGCUGCCAACUGAUGAUGGAUUGCUUGGAGAUAUUGUACCUCCUGGAAUGCGAAGCAGAUAAUAUUAAGGCUGUAAGUACUUUGUGGGAAAAAGGUUUAUCAAGAUACAUAAAAAUGUUAGUACAGGUAAUUGUCCGUACGUACCAAAUAUUUACAUACACCUAUGCUGGCUAAUGAAUAUUUAUAAUUACACGCAUCUAUUGGCUAAAAAAAUAUAUGGAAAUGGCUAACAGAUUUGUCCUACAAUAACUCGUUCCAGGUAUAUAUAUAGCAUGGAUGCCAUUCUUGAAUUUAGCUGGAAUCUGCCCUCUGUUAUGAAGUUAGCUAUAUAGCUUUCGUAUUUGCUCUAUCAUGACUUAAUGAAGAAUCCUUGGACAUAUAGCAGCUCUAGAUAUUUAAGACUAGCUAUAAUUGUAGAGUUUCCCCUUCUUCUUUUUUUCUUUUUUUUUCAACUUUAUGGUGCUAGGAUUGGUGAUUGGUGUUAGAUAGAGGGUGGGAAGGUAACAUUUGACCUGAUUUACGCUGUAAUUACGUUGCAAUUGUUGUAUUAAUAAUUAUUUUGCUUAUUUCUUGUGGAA